UUUGAACUUGCAGCCGGUGCUGAGAGGAGGAAGAGGUCCGAGCAGCAGACAUCACUGCAGAAACAGGCGCUGUCGCACUGUGUGCGGUUUGUUUGGGACCUGCGUGGAUUUUCUUCUGGAAAAGUUUGAAGUGAUAAAGCAGCACGAGCCAAGUGGACUUUUAGAUUUUUUUUUUUAUUUUUAGGAUUUACAAGAUUGUGUUGAGAUGCUUCUACACGUCCUCACACACCUGCUCUGCCUGGUGUGUUUGUGUUCCGCUCGUCCUCAACCAGCACCACCACACACAAUGACGAUACACACGAACCCUCCUGUGACCGGCUCUCUGGCAAGCCGGGUGGUGCUUCCCUGCCACUUCUCCAUCCCAAGCGGCCCGACACACACUCCUCCACCCGGACCUCCCGUCCCCGCCGCUCACACCACCCCGAAUCCCGCGGAGGAGCUCAGGAUCAAGUGGACCAAACUGGAGGAAGCAGGAGAGAAAGUGGUGCUGGUGGCGCAGGGAGUGGUGGUGAAGGUGGGGCAGGACUACAGGGGCAGGGUGUCGGUGCCCAGCCAUCCGCUGUCUGUCGGGGACGCCUCCCUGAUCAUCGUGCGGCUCAGGGCCAGCGACGCAGGGCUUUACCGCUGUGAGGUCAUGCACGGGAUGGAGGAUACCCAGGACACCGUCAGCCUCAACGUCACCGGCGUGGUGUUCCACUACAGAGCCAACACCAGCAGAUACACUCUGGAUUUUUCUGAAGCUGUGGAGGCGUGUCGCUCCGUAGACGCCCACAUCGCUACACCUGAACAGCUCGCUGUUGCUUUUGAGGACGGCUUUGAUCAGUGUGACGCAGGAUGGCUCUCCGACCAGACUGUCAGGUACCCAAUCACAGUUCCUCGUCCCGGCUGUGCAGGUAAUCUGAUGAGCAAACCAGGAGUGAGAACGUACGGCGUCCGUGACCCCACGGAGAAAUACGACGUCUACUGCUACGUAGAUAAAAUACACGGUGACGUCUUCUACCCUCCCUCCCUCAAGGAUAAAGUCACCCUGGAGCAGGCGAGACAAGAGUGUGUGAAGCACGACGCAGUGUUGGCGUCACCUGGUCACCUGUUCGCAGCCUGGAGGGCCGGACUCAACCGCUGUGACUACGGCUGGCUGUCUGACGGCAGCGUCCGCUACCCUGUCACCGUCCCCAGGCCGCAGUGUGGAGGAGGCCUGCUGGGGGUUCGCACACUCUACAAGUUUGAAAACCUAACAGGGUUCCCGGACCCCACUGACAGGCACGGACUGUACUGCUUCAAAGCUAAAGAACCAGAGCCGACUACUGAGAGUCCACCGAUGAUCCCAGCUGAGUACAAACCUGACAGCCCCGUAUACGCUCCACACACUCCAACACCCGGACCAGCCCUAGUUCCUGAAAGAGCUGAAAUUCAAAGAGCCCCCACAGCCACACCACACCAACACACCUCCCCUCACACUGUCAUAUUAGAUGACUACGAUAUUCGAGAUUUUGACUCGCACAAAGUAGAGUCGGUACCAGUUAGAGGAGACAUUUUGCUCCCCAUGCAGCUCCCUCCUUUACCCACCACCCGCUCCCAGCCCGCACACCUUGACAUCUUCUACGGGGGAACGGAGGCAGGCCAGGUGGGGUCAGGCCGAGGGGAGAGCAGCGGCAGCACUGAUGGAGGCAGCAGUGAUGACAGCUCAAGUGGCGCUGAGGUGGGAGUAGUGGUGACCCCAACACGGGUGUGGGUGGAAGCAACGUCCAGACGGUCACAGCUUCUAGAGACAGCUCCAGGGGUGGUCAUUCCAGAAAUCCACACCCCAGGAUCAGACGUCACUGCUGGGGCCGGAGAGGAGGGGCAACAACCGGCUGUUGUUUUUAAAGAAGACGUCACCUCUGGAACUCCACCGACGUUUGACCUCGACCCAUCACUGGCUCUUCCUGUAGACAGGGAGUCUUCAGCCAAACCACCUUUCCAUCUCAUCAUCGUCAGCUUGCACGACCAAAAUCAGUCAAUUGACCAGAUCGUGGACAUCUUAAAGCAGCCUGUGGUCGACGGCUCCCACUUACAAUUCCCGCGGAUCACUGACCUGUCGCAGAUCUCUAGUGAAGCUGUUCUCCACAGCAGCGGAGACCUCGACUCUCUGGAUGCUUCCCCCAUCAGCCUGCCUCCAACUGUCAGCUUUGUCAAUGGAAAACAUGAGGUGACAUUUGCUCCAAAGCUGCCGGAGGAAGCCAGAGGAGACCAGUUUGAGACAGCCACACCUGUUCAGGUAGAGGAGGUGCCAGAAGAAGAAGAAGAAGAAGAAGGAGAAGAAGAAGAAGAAAAAGAGAAAGAGGUGGAGGAGGAGAGCGUGACGACCUUUGACUACGGUGUCAUAGAAAUCCAAACAGAAGAGACACCUACAGAGGAGACACCCAUAGAGGACACCAGUGAGACAAUCCCUCAUCCAGAUACAUACCCAGAUGUAGUUCCAGACUUGGGCGUUGACGGUGACACGGCCCCUGAUGUCUUUCCUGACUUAGAGGAAGUCAAAACUCAAGAACCAGGUGAUCAGACAGCAACAAGAACCACCACCAUGACCCCAUAUAUUCACUCAGUGUCAUCAGCAGCACCCACCACACCAUCAGGACCAGUCCCUCCCAGUGUCUCCCAGCCUGUCACCAUUGGAAUCUCCACCUACGAGGACAUGGAAGGCUCUGCAAGCCGUGGCAUUGAUGAGACUACACAGGAGGGCUCUGCAGACGGCGCUCUGCCCACCCCGGCUGCAGGAAGCCAGUCUGGUGUCAUGACUGAUGAGACUGAAGGGCCGGAGCUUCCUACUUUAGUACCAGACACACAGUCACCAGAGACAACCACACAGACACAGACGCAGACAGAAGACUUCGAAGGAUCUGCCUCUGGAGAGGACGAAGCGUCAGGACAAGACCCACAGGAGACGCCCAGCUUUGCCAGCACGCUAUCACCGACACCUGCAGCAAGUACGACAGUAACAGAAGGGCCUGUAGUUGUGCCGGCUGUUGACACAGUCACAGAAGCAGACUCAGGUGCAGAGCAGCUGUCCAGAGAGGGGGAGGUUUCUGGGGAGCAGGGUGGUCUGGUUGACCCUCAGAGAGAGGUCACUAUUGCUGUUUUCCCAGAUGUGGCAGCUGUGACUUUUGAGGAUCAAACCACAUUCGCCACAGACAUUAAGGACGUGACCUCAGAGCCUAGCACACCAGAAUUCUCCACACACCCCUCCCAUGUUGCCACAGAUGAUAAGAAACAUCCCGCUGUUAUGGCCGAGCCUGCAGCCACAACCCCUGAAGACCACACCCCACCUGCCAGUGAGCUGCACAGAGACCAGACUGAGCAUUCUACCACCAUCUCCACCCAGACGAUGCUUUCCACCACCUCGCCCUUGUACACUUUCGACCGCAUCACCCACUCUGUCCCCCAGUGGGCUCUGAGCCCCGACCCCGCUGCCACACCUCUACCAGAUGAUGAAUUUGUGGACUAUGACACAGAGAUUGCCCCCCUUCUGCCAGAGUCACGCCCUCCGAUACCAGAAAGGAUCCUCACAGCCACAGAGCACCCAGACAGCACCACUUAUUCUGUGGAGGCCAGCACUGUGAACGUCCAAGAUCUGCUGCCGUGCUCAACCAGUGUGUGUCACAAUGGAGGCUCCUGCUUCCAAAAGGGGGAACAAAAUAUCUGCGUGUGUGCACCUGGAUACACUGGGCAGCUCUGUGAAAUAGAUGUUGAUGAGUGCCAGUGUAACCCGUGUCUAAAUGGAGCCACCUGUCUGGAUGGAGUCAACUCCUUCACCUGUCUCUGCCUGCCCAGCUACUCAGGAGAGCUCUGUGAACAAGGUCAGCUGCACCUGAGCCACGACAGAGUGCUACUGUCACGCUAUGAAUGUGCAAAGUCAAGGUAG